GGAGAGGGAAAUAAAAAGAAAACCCGCCGGGAAACCCCCAAAUAUAUUUUCAUUUGCCGAUCAAAUCGAUUUCAGAUCACUGCAAGCUGUUCGCACUCCGGAAAACGGCCUCGUGUUCCCGGCGAUUUGCUCGCGUGUUAUUCCUUCUCUUGCGGCAGUGGUGGUGGAAGGCGGCGGAUGAUUGGAUUUGGAAAUGGCGGAGCCACAACCGUCGCAGUUGAUGCAGGGAAUGAAAGAGAAUAAGCUCUUCAAAAUGGCGUUCGCCGUCACUGGAAUCAUGUCCACACUUCUUAUCUAUGGAGUUUUGCAGGAAAAGAUUAUGAGGGUUCCAUAUGGUCCAAACAAAGAAUAUUUUAAGUACUCAUUGUUUCUCGUCUUCUGCAACCGCAUCACCACUUCUGCUGUAUCUGCUGGAGUUCUACUGGCAAGUAAAAAGGCCCUGGACCCUGUUGCUCCAAUUUACAAGUAUUGUGUUGUAUCGGUGUCUAAUAUACUUACCACAACUUGUCAGUAUGAGGCCCUUAAAUACGUCAGUUUCCCGGUGCAAACGCUGGCAAAGUGUGCCAAAAUGAUACCUGUAAUGAUUUGGGGCACUUUAAUCAUGCAAAAGAAGUACAAUGGACGUGAUUAUCUAUUUGCCCUCAUAGUGACACUUGGAUGCUCUAUAUUUAUAUUAUUUCCGGCUGCAGGUGAUAUUAGUCCGUACAGUAGAGGAAGCGAAAGCACAGUUUGGGGUGUUUCCUUGAUGAUUGGCUAUCUUGGGUUUGAUGGCUUCACAAGUACAUUCCAGGACAAACUUUUCAAAGGCUAUGACAUGGAGAUACACAAUCAGAUAUUUUACACAACAAUGUGUUCUUGCAUGAUUAGCUUCACUGGUCUGAUCUUGCAAGGCAAUCUUCUAAUGGCUAUAGAUUUUGUUUCUCGGCAUAAUGAUUGCUUCAUUGACAUUGCAAUUCUUUCAACUGUAGCAACGAUAAGUCAGUCCUUUAUCUCUUACCACCAUCCGCAGUUUGGUGCUCUAGCCUUCGCCCACCCAUAA